UCUCUGUUUUAUUUUCUCUCACUUCACUCACUCAGAGAAAUGGAUGCUCUCAGUGGCGGCAAUGGCGGCUUUUGGGGAUUCCCACCAUUCCAGUCUCACCAAAGACGAAGCAAGAGAAACGGAAGGUCCAAAUCCAACGAUUCUGUAGAUGCAACCGGAGGAACCGGUUACCGGUUUCCCCUGAAGCAAGCGGCGACGGCGGCCACUCUCGCCCUCACCGGCGACACCAUCGCUCAGCUCCAACAGCGCUGGGUCAAGACUAAAUCUCUCUCUUCUCCUCAUCAUCACGAUUCCAUCAAGGAUGUCAUAGGGACCCUCCCUUCAGAUCAUGAUUGGCUUCGAGCCCUUCGGAUGACUUCAUAUGGGUUUCUUCUCUAUGGGCCUGGUUCUUAUGCAUGGUACCAGUUUCUUGAUCACUGCAUGCCAAAGCAAACUGUAGAGAACCUAGUGCUCAAGGUUUUAUUGAACCAGAUCAUACUUGGCCCCAUAGUAAUUGCUGUUGUUUUUGCAUGGAAUAAUUUAUGGCAAGGGAAGAUCUCAGAGCUUCCAAAUAAGUAUAAGAAAGAUGCACUUCCCACAUUGUUUUUUGGAUUUAGGUUCUGGAUCCCUGUCAGCGUAUUGAACUUUGGGGUUGUCCCUCUUCAAGCUCGUGUUGCUUUCAUGUCAAUGGGCUCUAUCUUCUGGAACUUCUGCUUGUCUUCAACUAUGAGCAAGUGAUUUUCUCAGUUGAACGAUUUAUAUUGCUUUGAUAUCAGUGUAUUAAAAUUUGAGCAUCAGGUAGACAUUCUGUUAAAGGGAAGCGCGAGGUCUGGAAGCAACGGUUCAAUUAUCUUUAAAUUGCAUUUGUGGCAUUCUCAUAAACUCACAAGCCGUCUUUUGAACAAUAUUGACGUGGUGAUCAGAUUAUGUCUCUAGGGUAGAUUUUCAGAGGAUUUUGUUUCUGGGUUUGGAAUUUUUCCCCCUUUUUUUCCUUAUGGUCUGUCCACUUCAUGAAACAAUCAACUUAGAGGCCUCUCUCUCUCUGUGUUUAUUUAUUUAUAAAUGAAAUUAUUGCUACGUCAAAUUUCACUUAUUUAAUAUUUUUGGAUCAGCAAGUUAGGUAAUCAUGUUGUGCAUUCUUAUUCCAAGGAUAAAAGGGAAAGAAUAGUUUUACAGAUUUACAAGUUCAAAAGCACACACAUCACCGACGUGAAAGAAUUGGAUUCUUUUCUUCAAGCCUACUGAAUCUUUUCAUUUGGGCACCACCAACCAAAAAGGAGAGCAUUUCCCCAGUGGGCAUAAAAAAAUGAAGAGAACAUAGACGAAAAGAAACAAAGAUACCAUUCCCUCUGGUCGAGUCACAUACAUACAGUAAGGAAUAAUAACUUGUUGAGACUCUAAAGCCCCAAGCCACCAUUGUCUCCGCAAACCAGCAGAACGGAUACACAAUGAGCGGCAGCGGCAACAAUUUAAGGCCAACACCAGGGAAUAGGCUGCCUGGACAGGGAUACAGAGACUGGAACAGAGUGCACACCAUGUUCCCAAGGCCCCAGAAUUCACCACCUAUACAGGAAAGAAUAACAGGAAGACCUCUGGGCUUAACCAGUUUUCCAGUCUCACCUCUUUCUCCCAUGGAACUCGGAGUCCUCAAUGAGAUGGCAAGAGUCAUCAAUGGUAGGCCGAGACAGUACAUCCCCCAGCCCCCUCCAAGGUUCACAGAACAACAAUGGACGAAUAUGCAAGUCCCUACACAGGAAGGAGAGCAAUCAAGACUCUCCCCAGACGAGCAAAAGAAGGCAUUGAAGAUGCUGAAGAAAGAAAUUUACAA